AUGGCAAUUGGCCCGCUGUCCACCGCCCCGACGAUCGCCUUAGGCGCCACUCACGAGUGCGAGUUCUUCACGCCAUGGUGCGACCCCGCGUCCUUCUACCUGUAUCUGGCCAUGUCGCUGCUGCUGAUCUGCGCCGCUGGCAUGAUGGCAGGCCUGACCAUGGGCCUCUUGUCGCUGGACAUGCUCAACAUGCGCAUUCUUGAGAUGGAGGGCUCGGAGGAAGAGAAGAAGUACGCCAAGCAGGUGCUGCCUGUAUUGACCAAGCACCACUUACUACUGGUGACGCUGUUGAUCGUGAACGCCAGUGCAAACGAAGCUCUCCCCAUCUUCCUCAACAAGCUAGUGCCCGAAGCUGUGUCUAUCUUGCUGUCCGUGACGUGUGUACUGCUCUUCGGUGAGAUCAUCCCUUCGGCAGUGUUUACUGGUCCCAAUCAGCUACGGAUCGCUGCCAUGUUGUGCCCCUUUGUGAGGAUCUUGAUGGCCAUCACGUGCCCCAUUGCCUAUCCGAUCAGCCGGGUGCUCGACAUGUGGCUCGGAGAUGACCACGACCCAGCGCAAUACAAACGCAAGGAGAUCAAGGCGUUGGUGACCUUGCAACGCGAAAAUGAUGCGGCUCGUCGAACGUUUGUCGAUCAUUUGCGCCAAUCGCACAUGGUUGAAGAGACCGCCACACACUCGCACACGGUCACCACCAUGUCUGCGAUCAGUGACAAGCAGCCAUUGCUGACUCCACACUCGCUGUACGAGGACUCGGCGCAAGGCACACGUCUGCAUGUGGAUGAGGUUACGAUUAUCCACGGCGCUUUGGAUCUCGCUGCCAAGACCGUAACCGAGGUUAUGAUUCCCAUGGAAGACGUUUACAUGCUGGAGCUAGACACGGAGCUAUCUCCGGACAUGUUGGCGAGCGUUCUGGCGUCUGGGCACAGCCGUAUCCCCGUGUAUGAGAAGCACAAGUCCAAUAUUGUGGGUUUGCUGCUUGUGAAGAAGCUUAUCGUGCUGGAUCCGGAUGAUCGUCGUCCGAUUAGAGAUUUGAUCCUGCGUAAACCGAUUUUGGUCAACCCGAAGGAGUCGUGCUACGCGAUUCUGAACGAAUUCCAAAAGGGCCGCUCUCAUAUCGCUCUGGUUACAAAAGAUGUCGACGUGGUAUUCAGGUGUUGGCGUUCCGAAGAGGAAAUUCCUGAAAGUGUCGUAUUUGACGGCAUUGUGACCAUUGAAGACGUGAUCGAGGAGCUCAUCCAGGAAGAAAUUGAGGAUGAGAGCGACGUGUAUGUGCAUGACAUUGUGGACUACUGGCAGGCUCGUUACCGCAAGGUCGUGAAGGGAACUGGAUCGGCCUUUGUAAAAAAGCGUCUUCGUCUGCUAGCGGAUCGUGCUCGUCGUCGUGUAAAAAGCCGUCGUUCGAAGCAGGCUGCGGAGUCUGCAACUGCCAGCUCCAUCAGAUCGUCGGGGUUGCCUCAGCUGGAUGCUCCUAUAGAAGUUAAGAUCGUUAACGAGAAGACCCCGCUUCUGUGA